AUCCAACCAAAAUGUAAAAGUUUUCCAGCUCAGACUGCUUCAGAUCUUCAAUUGACUUCUAAUUUAGACCAACGUAUGAGAGAUUUCUAAAAAAAAAAUGUCAACCAGAGUUUUCCCAACCAUAAACAUGGCCGACCGCCGCCUCCUCGGCGACACUUCCGCUGUUUGGAUGUUAGCAGCACGGCGCGCUCUGGUGAUGUGUACGGCACAAGUGCGGCUAUUUGGAACUAGAAAUGAGCAACCUGCGGGUGAGAGGUCGGUGUGGGGGAGCGGGGUUGAUUAAACUUAAGGGACGUUUAUUGCCAGUGAAGAAGGAAGCUGGGGAGAGUGACGGGGACGAAGAUGCGGAGACAGGAGAUCGAUCGGAUCCCGAGUUCCUGGAUGCAGAGGAGAUCGAAGAAGGAGCCUUACAGAUCCCUUCCUUCUCACCACAGAACACCAGAGUAAAAAUUUUAACUGAAGACUCCAAGGAAUAUAUAGUGACUGGAUUCUUUCCACUGACUGAUCCGUGGUGGUCCGUAACUGUGGAUGUGAAACAAGGCCAUUCUCAGUAUUUUGUCAAAGGAUUCCCAUCAUACAAACUGGAAGAUGACAUCCUUGGAAAGGAAUCCAUGUUGUCACUGUUUCUUAAUGAAUGUAAAGUGCAUGAAGAUUUCAUAACGUCUUUUAUGACCUGGGUGAAAUAUUACCCUCCUGUUACUUUCAGCCGACUUUUAAAUCUGGCAGAGGAGUUUAAGGAAAAUCACCAGAAAGAUAUUGUGUGUUAUUUGAGUAAUUCAGCGUGCUGUAGCUUUGUAUUGAAAGCACUGCAAAUCCCACUGGUGCUGAGAUAUCUACCCAAGCUUUUACCACACAAAAUGAGAGGCUUUCUAAAGUUAGAUGCUAAAGAUCCUUUGCCGGCCAGCAAAAAAUCACCUGAUAUCUUACCAGACGUUGACCCGCCAACUGAUUUACUACUUGAACUUGAAAAGAUACUGGACACUGCACCUUGGAAAUUUGGCUUUGGUGUAUUACUUUAUAGGCAGCUCCAUCUGUGUGGCUGUGAGGCAACGUUGGAUAGCUUCCUACAGUGUGAUGCAAACCUCUUGGGAAAGAUCCCUGACUUGCAGCUAAAUGCACUUUAUGUCUACAAUGAGCUGAAGAAGAAAUGCAUGAGUCUGGGCGACACUUACGUGGAACAAUCUGCCCUCACCAAAGCGGCCUCUAACGAAAUGUCAGCUGAGAGCGCCUGGGAAGCCAUCGGGUUUCUCAAAGAAGAAAAAAUUGUGGUGAUUGAACAGGAGCGAGUUUUCCUUUAUAAUUAUUACUUCUAUGAGGUAGAUAUUGCAGAGUUCAUUACUAAGUUAGUAAUGAAAAAGGCCCUCAAUCCAAAGGUGGAAGGAAAUGAUGUACUUGGAGGUGACCAUACUUCUCAAAGAGAGGAAAAGCUGUUCUGUUUAGGUAGUCAGACACUUGUACAUGAAUUUAGUGACGAGCAGAUUAGGAAUUUACAGAUAAAUGACUUUAUGACAGAAGAGAACCAUCCAAUGGAGCUGGACGCUGAGCAGCAAAGAGCGGCUAGGAUGAUUCUGGCCAACCCAGUGACCAUUAUAAGUGGAAAAGGUGGAUGUGGAAAGACCACGGUUGUAAGUCGCGUGUUUAAAGCUGUUAUGCAGGAAGAAAAGGAUGAAGUUGAAAAGGCCUGCAAAGCCCUUGAAGAUGACAUGGAUGCUUCAGAAGAGUGGGAUUUUAAUGCCAUGACCCCUUCCUGUAAGCACAGCGACGUUCAUCGCGUUCUACUUACCGCACCCACAGGAAAGGCAGCUUCUCUGCUCAGGAAGAAAACUGAACUUCCAGCUGCAACUCUACACCAGAUUACAUGCAGCUAUUCAGCUUGGAAAACGCAGCAGAGGAAAAAAGAAGAGAGUGGUGAGGAGCAUAAAAGUCCAUGGAAAUUCCACGAAGUAGAAGUACUGGUGGUUGAUGAGGGCAGUCUGGUAUCUAUUCGAAUAUUCAGCGCUGUUUUGAAAUUGCUAUGUACCCAUGCCAGGCUGGAAAAGUUGGUGAUUCUUGGUGAUGUCCGUCAGUUGCCCAGUAUAGAGCCAGGAAACUUGUUGGCCGAUAUAUUUGCUACUUUUAAAGGCAUGAACUGGGCAAUUGAGCUCAAGACAAAUCACAGAGCAGAGUCGCAGCUCAUUGUGGAGAAUGCAACACACAUCUCUAAUCAGCAAUGUAUGGACUUUGAUGCUGUGCUACAUUUUGAUGGGAAUACAAAACCUGCUGAGAUGCCUAGUGAGGAGAAGAAAUGCAUUCUGGUUUCUUUGGCUCAUGAAACUGAUUUAAUUACAGCUAUAAAAGCAUUGAUUGAGAACAGCCCAGGACUGCAGGAUGAUAAACACUCUCAGUUCAUUGCAUUUAGGAGGAAGGAUUGUUUACUGAUAAAUGAGCUGUGCUGCACACACUACUCAGGACAUACAAUGAAGAAUUCCAGGAACAGAUAUGAUUUUAGAUGUAGUGACAAAGUCUGCUGCACUAAAAACGCCUAUGUCAAAGAUCUUCUGACCAGAUCCAGGACAAGAUGUGCAGACCAGAAUGAAAAUGACCCCACGAAUCAAAGCGAUGACAUAGUCUGCUGCACAAACAAUAUCAGUUUUCUAUCCAGGUCACAAUGUUCAGACGAGAAUAAUACUGACCAUAUGACACAAAGCCAGGAGAAGUGUGCAGAUGAUGAGCGCAUCUGUAAUGGGGAAAUAUUUUAUAUAACUGAUGAUGUAGAAAAAGAGAAAAUCCGAGAAUUAACCUUAUCUGAUGGAGAGGAGAGAGAGUACACACUGAACUAUAAAGCCCUUAGAAGUCGCAGUGGUUUAAAUUAUGCGUGGGCCAGGACCAUUCACACAUUCCAGGGCUCAGAAGAAGACACAGUUGCCUAUGUUUUAGGCACUGCUGGUAGACAGAACUGGAAGCAUGUAUACACUGCUGUAACACGGGGCCGAAAACAUGUAUAUAUCAUUGCAAACAGUGCUCAGCUUGAUCUAGCAAUUGCUAACAAGUCCCGUGAAAGAAAAACUAGGCUCCAGCAGCGUCUGAAGGACAGCUUAUCUAAUAGGGGUGCCUGGCCACAGUCUGGUGCAUCUGCUUCCACCAAACCACUGAUGACACAAGACAAGGCUGCUGUGUCUUCUUCCCAAGAACAUCCCUACACACAGCUUAAAUCUCCUCCUCGCUUCAGAUGCUCCUCUGUGCCUACCACCCCAAAUAAGGCCACGUCGUCCUCGCCAUCAGGCUCUCCAGUGAACCGUGAAAGCCGUCUGCUGGAGGAGUCCUCCUCACAGAAAAGGGCGGGAAACCCUGUACAUGGCAUGGAGACGACCCCUUCCAAGCUGUAUCGGCCUGAAAACUCCAUGAAUGUGGCAGAAAUUUCUCCUUCAAGUAGACUUCAAAACCUAAGCAUACAUAGUUCAUGUAACAAGCAGCUUUUUGAUCACUGAAGGCAGACGGCUUUUAAGACGCCGGAUACCCUUUCUACAGCAAGCAGAUCCUCCUGUCACAAUGUGUAAAUCAGGACAGUUUUACUUUGCACUGCAAUGUGGGAUUACUUGAAACCCUAAUGAUGGAUUAUUAGAAGUCUUAUUUGAUAAAUGUGAUGCAGUCAGUGGUAAAUUCCAUAUUGUAGGAAAAUGUUUAAUGACUUACCAGGAGGUAAAACUAUAUAAGUGGCUAGUGUUAAGACUGGUAAACACUAUUCCCCCAACCCAGUGGGAUAAGUAUGUACCCAGCAUUAUGUUCGCUAUCAACAGCUAGGUUUGUCAUGUUCUGCCUCCAAACAAUGACUAAAGCUGAUUAGAUGCUGUCACAAUUCACCUGAAAAUAUUCCACCUGGCUUCUUUCAUUUUGUUAUGAAAGUUUGAGAGCUGGGUAAUGCUGAUAGGGUCACCUUUGACUGGAAUUUUUCAGGUAUUAAUGAGUAUGUUGUUGCCUCUUUUUUUUCCCCCAUUUUUGUUUCCGAUGCAGAAUGCAUCUUUGCAAAAUGGGUAAAUAUGCAGCCAAGAGCACCUUUGUAACCAGAAAGCAGUUAGUAAGGAGAUAGAGCGAAAUGGUUCAAAUUCAUGUGUUCUGAAGAAGAGAAGCAGCAGCCAAAGCCAUUUGUUACUACUGCUUUCUGGUAAUUUAUGGGAAGAAGGAUGUGUAAAUGUGCCAGCCAACAAAUAAGAAUGUGUAGCAUCUUAAUCAGGUACCACAUUUAUUUUUUUGUACAGGAGUAUAACAUGGUGAUAGAUUCACUCCCCCCCCCCCCCCCCAAAGCACUCGAUGUGCUAGAAAAUUUGGCCAUACACUAUACAAUUUUCUUGUUGAACUUUCCUUUAGGUUUACCAAAACCAUAUCAUAGGAGGUCAAACUUAAACCCUCUCAAUUUGUAUGCAAUCAGGCAGGCCCUUGCACUACAAUAUUUGGAGGUAAAGGAAAUUAAAUAAGAAAAUUGUAUAGUGUAUGGCCAGCCUAAGGCAUCCAUUAAAACGUUCUUAAGUCCUUCUUUUUAUUUUUAUAUCAAUUAUGCACUUGUUGAAUGUUAAAGUUUAAAAUUAGUUUUAUUUGUAGUAGUAGAAAUUCAGCUUUAAAAAGAACUGCUUUAAUUUUAUAGACAAAUGAUGAGUCGCAUGUUGUGACUUGUCAUUAUAUUUUCAUAAGGAUAUUUUAUUAAAAUUUAAGGAAAAGCAAUAUCCUAAAAGCAGGGGUCUCUAAACUUUUCAAAGUUUUUAGACAAGCCAGAUUGUGCCCAGCGGGGGCAGAAUAUGUCUCGGGCCUGGCAUCAGUGGGAAUAAAAAUGGCCUCAGGGUUGGUGGUCAAUAGUAGGAGGAGUUUUCCUAAUUUAGUAAGCAGGAUUAUUUUCCCAUCAUUGGUAUUGGUGGAAGAAAUAGUGCUCCGUUGUUGGUAUCAGUGGGACAAAUAGUGCCCCAAGGGCUGAAAAAAAAAAAGGCUAGCAAAGGGCCACAGUUUGGAGACCCCCCUGUCCUAAAGUAAACCUGUGAGGCUAUAAUUAUGGAGCUACCAUAACUGAUUUUGUUUUUAAAUCUAUAGCUGUCUGGGCUGUCACUCUCGCUUCAACACCUUAAAGCAGCCUUUUUCAACAUAGAGGAACCCUUGAAAUUCCAGUCUCGGGGAAUCCCUGCUAAAAAUUACUAUAUCUAAAGUUCAUGACACAUUAGUGUGAUUAUUGGGAAGAAUGCUCCUUACACUUCAUUAGUAAGAAUUACCCCCUUGAUAGCUAAAAAGAUCAUUGGUGUUGGUGACAGAGGUUGUUAGGAGUUCCAUGAACAAUUUCUACCUUUUCAAGAUAAGUACCCACUAAUGCACUAGGUGGUGUAGUCCAGAUCAGAUUGCCCUGACCAUUUAAAAACAAUUCAGCAAUGGCAGUUGAUCUAUUUCUGUAAU